UUGCCAGGAUAGCGUCAGAACUGACGUGUUGUGCUGCUGCUAGACUUAGCUGUUUUUUUCCUAAUUCCUUUUGUCUCAAACCUACCGUUGUAGCCACUGAAUACUGUUGUAGAUCAGUAGGAUAAAUAUCUUCUAUGCAGGCGAACCUCGAUGGAGAAAAAUGCCAUGUGGAUUUUGCUAGUGAUUGCUGUGUUUCUGCUAACAUGCACAGGGGGACACGCGAAAGCGAUAACACAGGAAGUAAGUGGCGCCCCUCCGCGGUUCCUGAGUGAACUGUACCAUCUGAUGCAGUCACAUGAGAGCAGCAGUGAGGACAGCAGCGAAUGUACAGGAGCGUUUGACUGCCAGUCUGCCGGGCCGGGGUUCCACCGCGACCCACAUGACUGCUCGGCGUUCUUCAUGUGCGUGCACGGCCGCCCGGCGUGCCACAAGACCUGCCCCUGGGGACUCCGCUUCGACACCAGGUACAACAUCUGCAACUGGCCCUGGGCGAUCCACACGCCGUGCGGACAACAAGAAGCCCCGACGUGCGGCACGCCUGUUCUGCGGUCUGUCCUGAGCCGCGCGACGCAGCCCGCCCGGCCGAGGAUCGUGGGAGGGCACGAGGCUGUGCCUGGCAGCUGGCCAUGGAUGGUCAGCAUUCAGCUGUUAAUGUUUGGGAACAGCCACCUCUGCGGAGGGACCCUCAUCUCCGACCGCUGGAUCCUGUCUGCUGCUCACUGCUUCUUCAGAAAUCCUGACCCCGCGGUUUAUGAUGUGGUGCUGGGAAAACACUCCAUCAAAACGGAAGAAGCCCACGAACAGAGGCUUGAAAUAGCUGAAGUCAUUCUUCACGAAGAGUUCGACCAAGACAGAAAAAAGAACGACAUCGCCCUGCUGCGUCUGGCCGAGCCGGCCCGGCUGAAUCAGCGCGUGUCGCCCGCGUGUCUGCCGGAGGCUGGCGUCAGCGUCGGGUCCGGAUCGACCUGCGUCGUCACAGGCUGGGGGGACACGCAGGAUCCGGAGACAGAUUAUGACGUAUUGGCCCUGCUAUCGGACGUGCUUCUGGAGGCGGAAGUACCCAUCGUGUCCUCCUGGACAUGUAGACAUCAACUUCCGGGUUAUGAGGUGGACUGGACCUCCCAGGUGUGCGCAGGAUACACGGAGGGCGGAGUGGACGCCUGCCAGGGCGAUUCUGGAGGCCCGCUGAUGUGCGAGUCACGUGACGGGCACUGGUUCGUCUACGGCAUCACCAGCUACGGGGAGGGUUGUGCGCAGCCGCGAACUCCGGCCGUCUACACCCGGGUUCCCGCCAUGGUCGACUGGAUCCGCGCGCACACCGGCGACAACAGCGCCACCUAUAUCCCACGGGUGGUACCGCAGGAAGCCAACACUGUGUAGUCGUUAUAUAUUGAUGUAACGAAGGUACCAACUAACAAACAAGCGAAUGUGAAAUGUUUGUGCUUCUUGGUCUACUGGAAUAUUUCUGUAAACGUCAUUGUAUGAUGAAUCCAGACGAAAAUCUUACUUAAUGUAAUAAAAAGGAGGACUUUGACUCAGAAUCUUUAAACAAAGUAAUUUCAUUUAAGCACCAAAUUUCGUGACUUAACUAGCACUUGCUGUAGAAUCGCUACAAUGUGCCUUGAUGACAAGAGCAACAUAGUCGCAAAAGGUAGAAAAAUCGUGAUUUGUGUGAAAAUUUCCAAAGGAAAAGAAAAUGUGAAGAAAUGAAGAGCCUAUU